CCAGAACACUAGCAUAAUUUUCCAACCCACAUAUACGACAAUAUUCGCUUGUGAAACCCUUUUACAUGUCAUCUUCAGAAUGCAAACACUUGGCCAAACUCACACUUAUAACUAUCUCAGCUCCUAACACGCUUACACCUCAUGAUAUCAUCGAGAACUUUCAAACUUAUUUCGCCAUCACCUUCAAUACUAAGAAAAUAACAUAUACAAAUAUAUCAGAAAAAAGAUUGCACUGUUUGCAUAUAUGAUCAUAUAUCAUCUGUCUCUCUAGUACUACUCAAGCUAAUAUCAUGUCGUCUGAGUUAAGUCUAGUUAAAUAUGCUCACAAAUCAAGGUCUUCUUCGUCGUCGUUUCUCAACUCAAUGUUCAUGUCGACCGUGAAUUCGGCGGCGAAGACCCUUGUUUCGGUGACGAAAGGCGGUGUUCAAAACCAGGUAGGGAAGUGGAGGCCCCGAGACCACUUCAGAUUCAUGAUGAUGCUAAUGACAUGGCUCACCUUGUGGGUUCUUAGGGUUUUGAUGGACAACAUACCUUCUUGUUCGUUGUCAUUAAUGGGGUCUUCUUCAUCUCUGCCUUUUAAUCUUCUUCAAGCCUUUUCUCCUUUUGCCUUGAUCGAUUUCCCGCGAUCAGCUGGAUCACCGGUAUUAUCCUCAGCUUCGAUGUCGGUUUCUUCUUUGCAGAUGAUUUUCAAUGAGGGUGUUGAGGCUGUGCCCGUUCAAGCUCUUGGAAGAGCCCUUUCUCAGAUCCUGGCGUUGAUCAACGACAUCCCCGCCUCCUCAAGGAAGUACCAGUUCGCCAUGGCGAUGGCGGAGCGUAUCAUGGACGGCAACGCCGCUUCGGGACACGUGGAAAUGCUUCAGGUCAACCGAGCGGCGCUCUCCUCGGCCUUCGAACACACAUCAACCCUUCUCCACCGCUCCCUAGAGAAGCGCCACUACGACAAAAACGACGAGUACUCGGGUUCCGGAGCGUGGGCUGCACGGGCAGUCAGGGCGCUGCCAUUCGGUUCAUACGUGGCGCCUUAUAUCAACGGGAUGAGCAUUUGUGUUGGGGCGGUGCGUUCGUGGGUGGAGGUCAUCGCCACGCGCCGAUCGAGGGUGACGAGGCGGUUAAGAAUUGGAGGUGGCAUUGGAGAUGGAGGAAGGGUGGUUUGGGAGGAGGAGGAGGGAGGAGAGGUGGUGGCAGAGAAGCUUGUAGAGGAGCUGUUGUGGAUAAGCCAUAAGCUGAAGGCUUAUGGGGCGGUGAACGAAGCGCUGGAGCAGUGGAGCUAUGCUUCAGGAUUGGCUUCUAUUUCUCUCACCACUGAUCCUAGGCUUCAAGGCCUCGUCGUCAAAAUAUCAGCGAUGUUAUUUGGCGAAUUGAACCGAGAAGAGGUUGGCGUAUCAGCAGAAGUGAAGUUCAGAUUGCUUCUUCUAUGGCUUCCAUUAUUUUGCCAUGCUGGGAACGGAUUCGCCUACCCGGUGUUAACCUACUUGGAGAAGGUGGAAGUGGAGAGAGCGAUCGACCAAGCGAUCUGGAGCUUGCCGCCGCUGGAUCAAGAAGUGAUCCUCACAAAUUGGAUACAAGACUUCGCCAUCUCAGCCUCCGAUUGGCCUAAUCUUCAGGUUCCUUAUGACCGAUGGUGCCAAUCUACGCGCAAUGUUCUUGUGGCCUAGAAAUCUAUAUAUUUAUCGUAUACUAUAUAUGUUCUAGAUGAAAUGUAUUAUGGAGGACUACCUUAUAGAUAGAGAUAUAGGUAGUAUAUAUACAAAUUAGAUGUACCAUUUAGAUAUCCAAAACUUUUUUCCUUCUAUAUUGUCAUCAUCAUAUUGCAGUUUAUUUUAUUUGCUGGUAUAUAUAGGUAAGUAAUAAACA